AUGUCUUGCAGUUAUUUUAACACUGUUUCUAUUCCCCAGUAUGAUGCUAUCAGGAUCAACCAGAUCUAUGAGCAGGCCAAAUGGGCACUGAUAUCUGAGGAGAUUGAUUGUACAGAGGAGGAGAUGGUAGUCUUUGCUGCUCUACAAGUGAGUUGCUGCUAA